CUGACCCUGUCACAUAAGGCUUCACGUACCACAAGCACACUAUUGUGGGUGAGAAUACCGGCGAUAGCUUCUGCUCCCGCGUGAUCUACCUUUUCACUUUUUUCUCGCGGUCUCGAUCGGGUGUGCGCCUUCUUUGGCUGGGCUCUUGAUCUCACGCUUCCCACGUUCAUUUCGCAUAACUCUCCAUCCUUGUCCUCAUCAACGUGACCUGGCUGGUGGUUUGGUCCGCGCUGGAACGAGCUAUCCUUCUCAUCUCGCCAAUCGCAACUAGCAGCCGACACAUCCAAUAUGGCGACUCACCGCGACGCACGCUUCCCAGGCAAGCCCUACAUUGACCCAACGCCACUGCCUUCCGAUGUGCCGCAUGUUGAAGAAAUAGGCACGACCAGCGCACCGCUCAAGAGCGCUUCGUUUUUCCUAGGUAACUUUUGCAAAAAAUACAAUGAAGACUUUAUGCUCUGCAAGGCAGAAAAGGGGAGGGACCCGAAAGAGUGCCUCAAAGAAGGGCGACGGGUCACUAGGUGCACACAGGACUUCAUCCGUCAAUUGACCAAAGCCUGCGGGAAAGAGUGGGAAGCGCAUUGGGAGUGCCUGGAGAGGAGGAACCAAGAAUUCUACCCUUGCCGCAAGGAGGAGAAGCCAUUCAAUGAAUGUGUUCUUAGCAAGCUGGAACUGGAGAAGAACAUCCCCGGAUCGCCAGAAGGGCAGCCACAGAUCCACGAGAAGAAGAACCCAAUCUGGACUGGUGUUCAGCGCUGAGUGAUGAGUCGAGACAGCCGAACGCGUGCGUUCGCUUGCUCGCGCUGGUCUGCACGUAGGAAGAGGCUGUGCCUGUGCUUGUGCUACCUUCGUUUCCCUGAAAUGGCUCGGUACAGGCACAUGAUGUUCCAAAGCUAGAAAAAAUAGAGGGGUUGGCACCAGUGCGAGGGCUUCUGCGUGGGCUCGAGGAGCACGCGAUGUAGUAGGCAGUAUAGGAGAAUGCGAACGAUGAUCAGGCAC